AAUUUCUCGAACGCAUCGCCUUAUUCUCUUUCGUUCGACUCUUCUCUGCAAGUACAUUGCCCUUGUUCCAAUGUCUAAAGUUUUCAAGGACUUUAAAAAGCAUAUCAUCAACGAAAAGCUCUAUAAGAAGUUUUUCAACAACCAGAAUCCAGGUCAACGCAUUGUUCCAAACAACAACAAAGUCGAGAACGCACAGCACCAACUUCGCGUCGAUGCUGGCGAGGUAGCAGACGGUCACAAGAACAUCUACCUCCAAGUCAACAGUGAGGCCAAGAACACAGCACUCAAGAAGUUCAGAAGCAAGCAUGGUACCCACGCGAACAUCGCCACCGCUGAAAUCAAGGUGGAUACUCCCGAAAAUAAGCAGCAGCAAGAGGUUGAGGAAGCCUUAGAAGAAAUGACCAAGCAGUACCGAUCGAAGAUCGGUUGAGAGUGGUUCCAUCAAGAGAUAUUCCCUGGGUUGACCUAGCCUUGGUGCGAUUUGAGUGUUUAGCUUGCUUCCUCGGGGAAAGGGUGGUAGGGUUUGCUAAGUCGAC